UGGCGCAAGGAGGCAGGAUGGGUCGAGUUCGUGCGCCAAGCUUCGAGGACGACGACGAUACGCACGGUCUCUCGACGCAGCCAACGCUUGCCUAUGGGCAUGCGCCUUCUCUACCGACGCUAGACCCAUCGAGACAGCCAGAGCUCCUGCACAUCAAGGCGGUACCUCAAAACGACGACGAGCAAGGCGGCGCGCUCUUCGCCAAGCAUAUCACAGCCACAUGUGAGCGCAGCGCGUACCAGCGGGCGCAUGCAAGCAGCAGCUACGGCGCAUUGACGACUCAACUCACGCUCAAGCCAUCGGACGAGCUCAACGACCCAAAAGAGCUCGCGCGCUUGCUCGGUUCGUGCCACAUGAAGACUACGGCCGACCUAGUGCGCAAGGACGAGAUGUUGCGAGCAAAGGCCAGGGCAGACAUGGCCAAGGCAUCGCAGGCGCGAAACAUGUCGUUCUCAAGCGUGGAAGCCAGUGUGGAAGAGUGGAAGCGCAAGGUCCAGGCGGAGAAGGAGGCGAAAGAGAAGGCGUUGGCGGCCGAACGCGCUGCCGAGGCGGCGCGCCAAGCCAAAGAGGACGAAGCAGCUGCCCAGGCCAAAGCCAAAGCGGAAGAGGAGGCGGAGGCGGAAGCGAACGAAGAGGCAGCCAAGGCAGAAGCCGACGAAAAGGAGGCAAAGGCCAGCGCGGAGGCCAAGGCAAACGAGGACGACAAGACCAAGGCAGCGACCGAAGCCGCGGCUGCCCGAGCCAAGGCCGACGCUGCGCAAAAAGCCAGCGUCCCAGCGGCAAAGGAGCCUCAUGUGCUCGAAAGCGAGGCGCGGCUGCAGCGCUUGCGGGCUGUGCAUGCCGCGAGUGAGCCCAUUCUCAACUCGACAGACCCGCGCGUCAAGAAGAUCCGCAUGGACGUCAAGAAGCAGAUUGGUGAAGCGUGCAACCAAGUGGCCAACACGCCCAAAUCCAUCAAGCUUGUGGUCACCAAGCUCUGCAAAGUGCUCUCGGAGGCUCGGGCUGCGGGCCCCGAGUACCUCAACUUUUCUCUCGACAUUCUCGCGACGCGCCUCACGUCCCAAGUCAAAGUGCUCACUGAAAUCCGGUCGUGCUUCCCGCUCGCCCAUGUUGCGGCCAUGUGCAGCGUGCACACGCCAGAGCUUGCCGACAUCUUUGUCGCGCACCUCAACCAGAUUUGCCCGUUUACGGUGCCGUUCUGCCCGCCGCUCCGUCCGGAGCAGAGUCCCCAGGAGUUCCUCGCGACGAUUGGCAUGGAGUGGGACGACGAACGCCAGGCGGCUGAAGAACUGGAAAAGUACCAGAUGCGCAUGUCCAUGGCGAUCGCGCUCCUGGCCGCGACGAUGCAGCCCCCGCACACGUACACUGCCAUGACCAUCCUUGCGCUGCUCGAAACGGCAGGUUUCGCGCUCCUCUCGCAGUACAAGCGGCAGUUUCAAAAGCUAUUGGAGCUCCUCCAGCGCCACGUGCUUCCCGAUCUCUCGCGGGAUGCCAAGUCGGGCGCCGCUGCGAACCUCGCGCGACUCAACACGUUUCUGGGCGAAAACCAAGUGCGCAACGAGCCGGAGGGCCGCGUGCCGAAGGAGUCGGAAAUCUCCAAGGACGACGAAGAGCACGAAAGCUCCAACGACAGCCGUGGAGGCUACAACAACAACAACAGCAACAAUCGCGGCAACGGCGGCGGGCGCGGGCGAGGCCGUGGCCGCGGAUACCGGUAGACGAAGAGGGUUUUUAUUGACGAAACACUGUUUCGAGCUUGGCAAGCUGCUUGGCGCGAGCGACUUC